UAUCAUAGUGUCAUGGUAUAUAACAUCUCUGCUUACUAUUUAAACAAGUAUAGGUGUGUUUUUAACUGUUUGAGACUAUGUUUAAAUCAGUUUGUUAAAUGAACAAUUUAAAAGGUUUGUAAAUUUUAAGUUUGUGUGCAGUUUUUAAAGCUUAUUACAAAUUCUUCAGUCGGAUAGUGUUAAUAGCUUGUUGGAUAUUUGAGAAGGGAUAUAGUUUUACGACAAAGUGAUUGUCACAAACAAGUGUAGAUUACACUAGUAGAGGGCCUAAGGCAGGUAUAUUACUUACGGAGAUAAUUUGCGAUAGAUAUAUGAGCGAUAACAUUGUCAUGUGUUAUUCUGACGGAAUAUUAAACAUUGAUAAUUACCGCUGCAUUUUGAUACCCCUCAUUCAUUAAUAAAUCUAUUUUUCUCAGGUAACUGAUCCGUGGAAGCACUGCACAGGUGGAAUACUUUGAAAGAAACUUUUAAAUUUCUCAAGGAAAAAAAAAAUAAUCAGAUAUCUGUGAACCUUUUAAGUGAACGCCUGCUGGGAUAAUUUUCGUUCUGGAAAUAUAGCUUGUUUGUGUAAAUAAUUUUUUCAAGGAUUUCUCGUUUUAGUUAUAUCAUUCCUACAUUUCUGCAAGGACUGGGACUUUGGAAUUACUUGUGAAAUUUCAGCGGAUAUACUCUUGAAGGUGUGAAUCAGCAUGGUAUAAAUGGUUUGACUGCACAGCAUGUGACUAACAACGGCAUAUCUGUAAAUGAUCUCAAGCCAUGAUGAAAGGUUUUGUAAUGCGGAAAAUGAUACUGCAGACGGUAUAAAAACAGUUGCAAAUGAAUUGUCAAACAGGAUAUGCAGGUGGACGAAACGCACUCUUAUAUACUGAUCAAGUGAUUGGAUAUCGGCUUUUCUGCUGACAAGUACUUCAAAAAAAGUGUUUAAACUGAUGUAAAGAUUUGAGAACAUUUCAAACGCAGGAUUAUAACGCAUUUACAGUUUGGGAGUUACUAUGUAAGAUGAGCCGACUUGCCCCAGUUUAAGAGAUGGGGCAAAGGAUUUACAAACUGGAAGUGUUGGCCUUCAUUCUGCUUGUCACUUUAUACAUCUACAAAGUUGAUGCAAACCCAGAGCCUGCCUCUCCAGUACAAGGACGUGCCCCCACUACCAGAAAUGAAUAUCCAAAAAUAGGGGAAGGACCGAAAGAUGUAUUCUUUGCCAAGAACUCGCCAGGCAGUCUGGAUUGCCUUGCUUCAGGUGUUCCGACCCCAACCAUCACCUGGUACCAGAAUGGAAAAGAAGUUCAGUUCGACAAGGACCAUGUUCGUAUGCUGUUACCUGAUGGUCAGCUGUUUUUUCUCCGAUUCAUAUACACCAAGAACCAGACACAUGUUGGAACUUACUAUUGCAAGGCAGCUAACAGUCUAGGCGAGGUUGUCAGCAGGGAGGCCACUGUGAAAGUUGCAGUGAUUAAAGAUGAUUUCCGCCAAGAGCCAGUCGACACUACUCGAUCAAUACAUUCCACUGUAACUCUGCAUUGCAAACCACCACGAGGGGAACCGGACCCGAAAAUCUCAUGGCAGCACAAUGAUCGACCAGUUUCAUUGGGUGACAGGAUCACGCAGCACAAAGAUGGUGACCUGACGAUUACUACAUUGACUGCACAAGACAGUGGGGAGUAUGUGUGUUUGGCGACAAACAAAGCUGGUGUACGACAGAGCUCACCAGCACUGCUGAAAGUCCUCGAGGUACCAGAGAUUACCGGUUUCCCAGAAGAUGUAAUGAGGGAGGAAGGUUCUACUGUAGAAUUUCAUUGUGAGGUUCUUGGCGAGGCAGACAUACAAUGGAAGAAAGAAGGUGGUACGUCUAACAAGCAGAAGUGGCGACAGUUGCCAGAUAACACGUUACGUAUCGAGAACGUUGAGGCUGAUGAUGAAGGCACGUACGUCUGCACGGCUGAAAAUGCGGCUGGGGUUGUUGAAGCAGCUGCUCAUCUAAAAAUAGAAUAUACCCCUAAGUUCUUGGUCAGACCGCAUGAUCAGGUGGUGGCUGUUGGUCGUACCAUAUCUCUGCACUGCUCAGCUGCCGGCUACCCCCAGCCAACUAUCUACUGGGAAACCAAAGCUAAGAAAGACCUGAUGUUUGUGAAAUACCAGUCAGACCGUUUCUCGGUGUCGGAUGACGGCACUCUUAGAAUAGAGCGAAUUCAAAAAUCGGACCAGGGAUCCUAUUCGUGUAUCGCUUAUAGUUCUAAAGGAAAGGCGCAGGCAUCAGCUGACAUCAGCGUUCGAGAGGAGCAUGACGUUAUCUUUCCAGACAAUGACCUUCGACCUCCCCCGAUCAUCCGGUUUGGACCGAUCAACCAGACACUGGAGGAAGAUGCAGUGGCACUGUUACGUUGCCAGGCUACCGGAGAUCCGAAACCUAUCAUACGCUGGUACAAAAAUGGCCGCUCCCUCGAUAAAAAGGAUGCCAGAUAUUUGCUGCUUGAUUCGGGAACCCUGCAAAUUUCAAGUUUGAAAAUUUCAGAUUCCGGGAACUACAUGUGCAAGGCUGGCAGUGAAACAGGGGAGACAACGAUGACUGCAAAAUUGAUUGUAGAAUCUGAAGGAAGGAGUUUCAUUAAAUCACCACCAGACCUGACCGAGUUCCCUGGAGCGCCAGAGAAACCUGUUGUCAGUGAUGUCACAGAUACGAGUGUCAGGUUGUCAUGGAAACUGUUCCGCGAUACAGGGGCAUCUCCAGUUGAUUCGUACCAAGUAGAGUACUUCGGAUAUGGCUUAUCAGAGUCCUGGAAAAUAGCUGGAGCCCGUUAUACCAGUACAGAUAUAACCGUAGAUGGACUUGUUCCCAACACUACUUACGUAUUCCUUGUCAGAGCAAUAAACAGCCAUGGAAAAGGGGGACCUAGUCCACUGUCUGAGAUUAUUCGAACUCUUGAGAAAGGUCACAAUGUGGUACCAACAAUUACGCUCCCAGUAGCCGAGAUAGAAGAAAGAUUACGAGACAUUCAGGUGUCCUUGCUGCGAGGAGAAGCUGUCAACUCCAGCGCUAUCAGAAUCAGUUGGAUGGUGAAUACCGAGAACAAAGUCGUUACAGGGUUUGUGGUACAGUACAGACAUAUCCUUAACAUGGGUGAUCGCCAUGAUCAUCGAUACGGUCAGACUGUGAUAAAACGAGUCCCCUACCGGCCAUUAUCCCACACAAUCACGGGACUGGAAAGCUAUGAAUAUUACGAAAUAUGUGUAAUGGCUGCCAGUGGGACACUUACAUCGUCAUGCAGUAAACCAAUGAAGAUACAGUCUGGUGAAUCAGUUCCAACAAGGCCACCAAAAGACACAGUGAUCGAGAGAGUAAGUGACUCGGAGGUUCUGGUGAAAUGGUCUGCACCUGAUAUAGAGCACAGGAAAGGGGAGAUAAUUGGAUAUCAGGUCAAGUGUUCGAGCGAGGAUGGAGUUCACAACUGUAGCAAGCAUACAAAUGGUUCCACACAUGAAGUGAAAAUAGAUGGACUGGUGCCCGGCGUCAACUACAAUAUUGAGAUAGCUGCACAAACUCAGAAAGGUGUUGGAAAAUUUAGCACUGCUCUUUCUGUUGGGCCAGAUGAGAAUCAGAUUACGAAGAAGGCGUGGUUUAUCGGUAUGAUUGGCGCAUUGGGAGGCAUUCUAUGGUUGGGUCUCUGUAUAUUCACUGUAUGGCUGUGUAAGAGUCGGAAACGAAGGAAGAAGUUGAAGGAACAGUGGUAUACAGGUGGUCCCAGAACAAGUGAUAAAACAUCAGAAAGGAAUGGCAGUGUUGCAAGGAAAGGUUAUGGUGUUAAAGAUGGGAACUUUCAGGAUAAUAAUGAAGCAGGUUUACCACCAGAGUACAACACAUUAUUACAGCAGUCACAACAUGAGAGCAGUGAUAACCAGUCUGACACCAUGUACAAUAUGGCUAACCAUCCUGAAAUGAAGACGUUCUACCAACAGUCAGGCCCUGUGACCCCUUAUGCCACCACAGCCCUGCUACAGGCCCAGGCCCAAGCACAGAAUUCAAGAAAACAGUCUGGCGAUCAGUUGUUUCGUCCAAUUAAUCCAGGUUGUAAACAAUACAGUGGCGGUUCCGGUGACUCGGCUACAGACAGAUCCAUAACUACAGACGUGUCCAUAGAAUCUCGAGAACCUAAUAGAAGUUCAGCCGGAGACAGCGGUCAUUUGUCAGAUGAAAACGGGAUGUUGAUCAAACAGCUCCGUAAGCCUGGUUACCGGCCUGGAAUGCCUCAGAACCAGCCUGUUGUCAACUGGAACGAUGUUCUUCCACCUCCACCAAACCAUCCUCCCAGUGAUGGAGAGUACCUGCAAGACGAUCAGCUGUAUUCCGAGAUACCAGAAGACCGAGCGCGAAGCCCACUGUCACCAGUCUCGAUGGCGCAGAUGUCGGCAUGUUCGUGCCCAGUGACGCAUCCUCACCAAAUGCAAAAUUUCAGUCCUGGAGCGUACUCAGACAAUUGUAACAGGUGUAUGUCUUUAAGAAAUUUUGAUAACAGGCCGUAUUCUCCGCAACAACUUGCCCAGAUGCAGAGACAACAUGUGCUACCGCCUAAUAUAUCAAGGACUCUCGGUGCCCCGCAACGGGGAGGUAGCCAAAGAGGAGGAACCCCUGUAUACCUACAUGGAUAUUCACAACCCUGGGAUUCCCAGCCCCUGCCUAGGGGACCCUAUGAGUAUGAUUACGCCCAGGUUCCAAGAGAAGAUGGAUAUAAUUACACUCAGCCUAUCCAGGAUGGAUUAAUUGAUAGAAAUAUAGAUUAUAAUGACUCUUCUGUACCCUAUCAAGGGCCUCCAAGAGACUUCUCAAAUAUCCCUGGUGGUCCUCCAGGGAACUAUUGUGAAGGCCCCUGUAGGGGUCAGAUGAAUAAUUUAAAUGCUUUGAAUACUAGUUACCAUAGAAACAGAGGUGAAACUUCACAGAUACCAUGCUUGGAUGGUUACAAAAUAGAAUCUCCUCCCUCUAGUGCUAGUGAAUAUCGCGUAUGUAAUAGUGGUGGAAGUUCCGCAGGGUCGGCCAAGUCGAGGGGCGGCAUGAAGGGAAGAUCUUCCUCGGAAGGAAAUGAUUUGAAAGACAAGCAGUAUGUUGUUGGUCCAGAAACACAGUGCAGACCAUUGAUGUAUCAUUCUAGGUCUGAGAGCUCACAGCCAGGACACUGUAUGAUAGACGAGGGGUACUCCCGAAAUGCUGAUUCUCCGAUAUCGGAGGACCCAGACUAUGCUGAGGAUUCAGAAAAUGGGGUAGACAGAACUAAUGAGAGAGAUUCCAUGGUAGCUAACUGGGAGAGCCAGGAGGACUGCAGUGAAUUACAUUCCAGUUCCAGUAACGUAUCUGAGGAAGGUGACAACCAGUUUUUGAAUGAGGAAGAUUUUGCUAGUGCUGUUGCCAGGGCUGCUGAGCUGUCCGGCCUGACUGUUGUGGGUACCACAGUCAGUGAUCCAAACCCUAAACAAGGGAAAAAGGCAAAACGACACCAUCGUCAAGCACGACCUAUAAGCCCUGGUUACAGUACUGACAGUAACUACGGUACUGCUGAUAUACCACACAAGCCAUAUCCUAAAUCACAACGGCGGAAACAGCUCGUAGAACAUGGUAAACUAAGAAAGAAGGGAGAUAACUCUAGCAGCAAGGAAGAUAGCUCUAACACGGUAGAAACAACUAAUGAAAUUCCCUCCCCUGAUACUAAAAAUGGGUCAGAAAAACACGGGUACAUCAACCCAUUGCCAGCCAGCCCUGCGAAGUCGGGAAAGUCAGAAAUUCCCUCCCUUUACAGGAGCCAUAGAUCACCAGGAGGAGGCACUGGACAGGAAGUUCAACAAAAUUCUGGGAAUUCUGGAAACAAAUUAGGGAUGUUCAAUUUUGGAGAUGAUAUUCCAGUUGUCUGAUAGAGACAAUGUUUUAGACACAAGGAGAAAAUACUCAACAGUUUUCACCAUAAGAGAUUUGCAACUCAGUUUCUGGUUCAAAAAAUUAACUGGGCAAACUCAACACUUGUGGAAUCAUGGGAUUGAUAAAGGGAGAUAACCAUUGACAAUAUUUCAUGGAGGAAUGAAAAUGGAGUUAUCCUUCUCAAUAUUCAGCAAAUUGUACAUGUAUGAGAUAUAGGAGGAGUGAAAAUAUACUGGAGAGUACUCAAGAAAUGAUGUUUGUAAAUGUGUAAAUGGUCCAAGUGUUUUAUGAAAAAAAUGGCAUAGAUGACAAAAAAGGUGUUAAGUUCCAGUUUUGGACAUUGUAAAAAACCAAAGAGAAUAAAAGUCAUAUUAUUAAUAAUUUAUUUAAUGGACAGUUAAAGAGAAAUCCUGCCAAAUACCAAAAAAGACAUGUAAUAUUAGAGUAUUAUAACAUAUUGUCGUAUAGAAAUCCUGAGUGUUUGUGUAAUGUGGGUCGGCGUGCUCUAUAAGGUUGUGUUAUAAAACUUUUGCGAAGGACUAUAGAACAUUACGGGUUUCACAUUUUGCUGUAACUCAAUUGCUUAGGGUAAAAGUUGAAUUUGCUUGUCUGCUAAUGAGGUUUUCAGCUAGGAGUUGUACAUUUUUGUGAAAAAUUAAAUGUAUUGUGUAAGACAAUGAUGUAUUUUGAAUACAAACGUGGUAAGGAAAAGUGAUUUUACCAGCUUGGCCUCAUUUGCUGGGGUGCUGUGCUUCACUUUGGGUGUAGCUACAUUGCAGACAGCUAUUCCUAGUUGCAGACGGCAAGUUGGUUGCAAAAAAGAACAGUGGCUGGCAUGGUGAACAUGGUGACUUUUUCGUAGAUAAGUCGCAUGUUUGUACACGGUACGCAAGAAAGCCACAUUGGUAGUUGAAGGUAUGGUUUGACGGGAUAAUUUCUGUUUGUUGGAGAAGAAAAAAACUUGGAUAACUGUGAUACUGGAAUGGUUGCCGAGCAACCAUUUUAGAUAAGUGUAUGUAAAAACUUUUUAAAUGUUUGUUUUAUGAAGAAGCUGAAAAUGUGCUAAAAUUUGCUAGUAUAUGAUUUGUGGACCUUUGUGAAUCUUUGUUUGUCAUAACAUUGUUAUUGAAUUGUAUUUUAGACAAUAUUCAGCAUUGCUUCCUGUACCCUGCUUUCCCUAUAGCAUUAAUUAGGUUAUUCCAGUUUCAUGAACUGGAAUAUUCUAUUUUGAAAUAUUAGGGCGGAUAAGUGUAGAUUUGUAAAACUAAAUGUAAGCAGUUAUUUUGCUGUAAUGCUGUUCUCAAACCAGAUAAGAAAACAGACUCUGUAUUCAGUACUAUUGUAAUUAAUUGAAUAUUAAAUUUAUAAACAUUGAACUUCGGAGAACUUUCAUUGAAUUUUUGUCUUAUUUUUUAGAUCCAAGUUUUGUUGGAACUGAUUUAUAUGGACGGUAAAUUAAUAUAGUUAUAUUUUAUAACAAGUCCAGUUAUUUUUGACGACUUUGAGUAUUCAUUUCACUUCAGUAAACAUUAAAUAUGUUCAUACUUCAAGUUUUCCUUACGUGUAAACAAAAGAUACUUUCAAAUUUUGUAUAACACAGUGCUAAGAAAAUAUCUGAAGCUUUAAAAGUUAUUAAAUGAGUUCAAGACAAGUCAGCUAUUGGUCAUUUUCAAAGUUUUAGAUUAAAUGUCAACCAAUCAGAUGCUGGAUGGAGUCAUUAGACUUCUUACCUGGUAUUGAUAUAUAGAACAUAGGAUCUUAACAAAAAAUCAGCAUUUUAGAGGACAAAGUUAGACUUGUUAAUAAAAACACUCGUAAAAUUUAGUUUCACAGUGUAGGUUCAAGUGAAAAGAUCUGCUCAAUUAAUUUUUCUUUCAGUUUUUAGCACUCUUAUUCUAAUAUAAGCCUUGGGAAGAAAUCUCAGCCUGUGUUAUUUUUGAAAUCUUUAUCCAUUUUCACUUCUGCUGAUCGUUUUUUUUUGAAUACCCUGAAAUGCUGCUGAUAGUUAAAUCUUAGCAUUAUUUUAUGACAUACUCAUAUUAUCAGUGUACAUAGACUUUCUUUGGAGAGAAAAUAUACUAAUAUUGGUAUUCAUUCUUUCAUACUCAUUUCUUACUGCGUUUCUAUACCAUUUUAAGGGAAAACGCAUCCCACUACUAAAAUAUAAAAGCAGAAAUGCAGAAAUUAAUGAUAUUUUUCCAGAUUUAAAUUUAUAGAUAAAAUGGCAUUUGAUUCAUAUAUUUGAUAGCUAUAUUAUUUUUUUUAUUGCGUCAUAUUUUAGAAUAGAAAGAAAUGAUUUAAUGUUCCCUCAUGGCCAUAUUUGAAAAAAAAGAAGAUUUUCUUAAUCAUUCCCUUUUAAGAAAUAAUUUUCAAGUGCCGUCUUUGUCUUUUUUGGCGACAAAGUGAUUUAAUGUAUACCUAAUUUUAAGUGUUUUCUUGGCCUUCCUUGAUGCAGAAAUGGUGAAACAAAAUUUAAAGUUUUGCUUGGCCUUUGUUGAAAAAAGAAAUGUUACAAAGCUAAUUUUAAGAUUUUUCAUGGCUCUUUUUUGACAAAAAAAUACUAGUAAUAUGUUUUGUUUUGACAAAGAAGUAAUGCAUACCAGAUUUCAAAUGUUGUUUUUGACCUUUUAAACCAAGAUGGAUGCUGUGUUCAUUUUGUCUUUUUUCUAAAAAAGAAGCUAUGUAAACCAGAUUUUACCGUAAGUUUUGUCUUGGCCUUUUUUUUUAAACAAGGAAAUUAUUUUU